AGUCCGCGGAAAAUCGCGAGUCUCGGGCUAUAGGCUUGAGUAAACGUCUAUAACGUGUGAAAAGCUGGUCUUUCCGUGUUUGUCUACUGCGGGACUGUGCUUUUUAAAGUACAUACCAUUAUGGAGUCUUAAGUCCUCGGGGUUUGUGUGAUGAUAAUCGAUGCGACGUCGUCGUCGUGUGUAUGACAUAAUGCGACGAGACACGUUAGGUCGUAAUGGAAUAUGCGACGAGGGAUGAAUCGAUCGGACGAUUUGAGAUAUUAAAUUCUGUUGCGGAUUGUCGUCUUAAGAGGAAAAGUCAUAUCGAGCUUAUUUAUUUAUUUUUUAAUGUUUGAGUAAACUCAAUUAAAAUAUAGAGUUUAGACAGCAUAAUAAGUUCAUUUGCUAUAUUGCAUUAUUUACUUAUAACUACUAACAUUCAAUAAAAAUGUUUCUGGCCUUGAAUAAAGUCGAUUCACAGUAAGACUUUAAUGAAUAAGUACGUAUAUUAAAUAUACAAAAAUAGACGUCAGGCAUAGCUUUUAUCAUUCUUUAACUUUAUUUUUAUUUUAAUCCGUUUAAACUCCGUCACGUCGUAUAGUCCCGAAUUUUGGAUUCCGCAAUAUCGCGGUGUGAUGAACUGUAAUUGUCGGUAUCACGUGACUCCAGGCUCGUAUAGGUAUACAAAUUCGACAGUACCGUAACUAAGGGAUCUGGGCCCCCUGGAUUGUAUUUUUUAACUCUAACAGAUCCAAACAACAACAAAGCCUCUUUCUUUAAGUCCCCCGAUUUUAGUAUAGUUACUGCCCUUUCGAGUCAAUGACCUUAAAACUCAAAAUAAGGAAGAAAAAAAAUCCCCGCGCGACCAGCCUAUAUGAUACACAUAACACACCUAUAUAGGCGUCGAUCAGCUGACGAGAGGCUCGAACGCGACUAUUGUUAUUACGCGAUCGCGACGCGAAGUUUUCGCGUUCUCCACCUCCGAGAGGCUGCAGAGCAGCAAUUGUUCUCGUGUCAGGCACGAUGCUGAUCGGUCUCAUCAUGACGGACAACUCCAAGAGAUAACAGAGGUCCUGCUGCAGCGCGAGAAGAGGAUAACACAACAGUAUAGAGGCGGCAACUCUCGGCAAGAUGAACAAGAACAUGAACUCACCGUCGAAACUCACGGAGUUCGCUCCGUUGAGCCCAGAGGAGAGCCAGCCCGUCGUCGCCUCAAUUUUCUCCAAGAUCUUCGGAUUUGCCAAGAGUUCAACUCCAAGUGUUACGGCUGCAACAUCUCCAAAUAAUGAUGAACAAAGUUCAUCUGGAGAUUCUGAAUCAUGGAAACAGCCUGGAAGUACAGAAAAAUCUCCCUCAGAAGAUACCAGCAGUCUGAUGAGUUUCUCAGUUGAUACAACGGAGGGUCGAAGCUUACCAAAUGUCUUGAAACGCAUUAGCAAUAUUGUGGCUUUGAAAAGCAAUAACCUUCAAUCAUACAAAGACUCCCAACUCAGAAGUUAUUGGAUGCCUGACAGUGUAAGCAAACAAUGUUACGAAUGUGGAGAGAGGUUUACUACAUUCAGGAGAAGACAUCACUGUCGGGUGUGUGGCCAAAUUUUUUGUUCAAAAUGCUGUUGUGACGAAAUUCCAGGAAAAAUCAUGGGCUGUACUGGUGAUCUGAGGGUUUGUACAUACUGCUGCAAAGUUGUUUUGUCCUACCUACAAUCUUCUGAUAUGAGGAGUGAUCUUUCUGCAGAUUUAAGAGCCUUGCAAGAGGAUUUAGAAGAAAAAUAUGGUACCAAUUCACCACCAACCUCAAAUAAAUGUACCAAUGAAAGUACAGAAAAUGAGACUCUUGUCAGAAGAAAACUCAGUGUUGGUUAUAUGGAAGAGAAAUACGCGACUGGCAGAUCGUCACACAACUAUUUAACUUCGCAAGAACGCGCUUUGGCAUUGCAAAAUUCAACAUCCCUUAGGAUGAUUUAUGAAGAGUUGUUUCGCUCCAAUCAAGCGAUCAUUCUGCAGACGCAUAGGAUCCGAUUAAAUCGUUAUUACAAUUGUUUUAUAGGAAAUGAACUAGUAAAUUGGAUGAUUGCUCAGAAUAGAGCAGCUACGCGAAUACAAGCAACUGCAAUAGGGCAAGCUUUGUUUGAAGCUGGUUUUAUUGAACCUGUCUUAAUGGAUAAUGCUUUUAGCGAUUCAGCUGCAUUAUUUAAACCUGCCAAACUUUCGCGAGUACAAAGUAAAGACUUCUUAGUUGAUAAUCAAACUUCUUGUGAUGCUCAGGAACCAGCAUGGGUGAAAAAUAUUCCUCAACAUGAUUCGACUACGGAUUCCGAGAGUGAGAGUAGGCAGCCACCUCAAGUACAAGGGCGAAUGCCUUCAUCUAGUUCCAGUUUUUACUUAGAUUUAAAUUUAGAAGCUUCAACAGUUACCUUAAAGAGGCCGACCUCAGAAGAUAUAAUAUCGACUACAGCAGACUGUAACGAUGGGAUAGUCGAGCAGAAGGAAGUGAAUUUCCAGACUCGGGAGAAUAAAGUACCUGAGGACCUUCUCAAUGAUAAACUGUUAGUCCAGGAUAUUAAAAAACAAGAAGGAUGGCACCAAGUGGCGAACUUGAAUAAUGCUUUCAACGAAUCCACCGUUUACAAUUGUCUAACUUCCGCAUACAAACAACACGAAGAUUCUCUCCUUCGACAGCUACUUAACAAAGAAGGUCUGUCGCAAAACUGGUCCGAAGUAGUUCUCGAAAUAGCCCAUCAGAUAAUCGACCGCGUGAGGCCCGAUCUGCAUCACGACGCCGACGACAUGGACAUCCGGCAAUACGUGCAAAUUAAGAAAUCUCCUGGUGGCAGUAAGAAUGACUGCGAAAUCGUCUCCGGAGUUGUGUGCAGCAAAAAUGUUGCUCACAAAGGAAUGAACGCUAUGAUAGCGAAUCCAAAGAUUCUUUUGCUGCGUUGUGGUCUCAUGUAUCAGCGAGUUGAGGGGAGGUUGCUUAGCUUAGAACCUGUGAUGCUACAGGAAAAUGAAUAUCUAGGGCACACAGUAGCUAGAAUUAACUCCCUAGGCCCAGACAUAGUCUUAGUGCAUCGGUCUGUGUCAAGAUUAGCACAAGACCGACUGCGUGAAUGCGGCAUAACUCUUGUAUUGAAUGUGAAACUUAGCAUCCUUGAAAGGCUAGCAAGGUGCACCGGUGCUAACAUUGUCGACACAAUCGACGCUCAUAUCUCCGCUAGAUAUAGACUUGGAACGUGUAAAAAGUUUUAUUUAAGGAAUUUCCCGAGUGAAAAAACUGGCGUGAAGACGUUGAUGUAUUUCGAAGGUUGUGCGAACCCACACCUCGGUGCUACGAUACUGCUACGCGGUGGCUCGCAGAACGAGCUGCGCAAAGUGAAAAACGUAGCGUCGAUGAUGAUCUUUGCUGCAUACUCCUGCCGGCUGGAAAAAUCCUUCUUGAUGGACGAGUUUGCGAGGCCACCUUCUCCCAAAGACAACUCCUUCUUGGAUGAAUCUUCGCGUAACGCUUCGCCUAGCAAAACCAAAGAAUCUAUUGGCAGCCAAAACCAAGAAGGUGAAGAUAGCAUUUUAGAGAAACCAAAAAAAUCAUCAGAGGACACUAGUGGUGUCAUUUCCGGAGAAGAGCAGAACUUUGACAAUCAUUUGCCGAUGCACAAAAGCACACUUGUAAAGAGUGAUAGUAAUGAUAGGAAACAGAGUAUUGAGAAUAUCAGCGAUAGUGAGAACUUCAAUCAAGUAUCCGCUUUAUUGAUGAACGCUACCAGUUCUUAUGACACUUUGAAGCUAUUCAAGACAAAGUCGAAAUCUAGCUCUGAUGAAUCGAAAAUCGGCGAAAAGACAAGUUUAACUGAAGUUCAAUCGGCGCUACUUGAAACGAGCUCGCAAAACGAUACAUCAGGUAUCGGUACCACAUCGGACCACGACAGCACCUUGGAACUCUUCGGCAAGAGCUCAUCAGGUGAAGCAGCAGCAUCUGACGAGACCCGGACAAGCAAGUCUAAGGAAAUCAAGCCAGACCCAGAAAAACGCGUUCACGGCGAGUCGGUUAGUGACAAGAGCGACCCGCUGCACCAAUACAUGAAUGAAGACGAAGACGAGGUGUUCGACCAAGUUAGUCCUAACGGACAAUGCCUCAGUGUGGCUGACCUGCCGCUGCUGAAUAAAUUCAAGAAGGCACUCGAGGGGACGAUCCUCAGCGUCUCGCCGUACCUCAAGUUUUCCAUUCCAUAUUUGGAGACCGAGCCUGGAAGAAACUGUGUAUUGAGGAGCUUCUUUCCUAAGGAGUUGUAUUAUUCGGCAUACUUUUCGGAUAAGAUGGAAGUGAUAUUCCCAUCAGGCGCAAAAUUGACCAGCUUGAUGGCGGAAUCGUCGAGCUCCGAGAAACCCAUGAAGAAGAUCAAAUUCGAACCGGAGCAUCCAUUUAUCAAGGCAAAGCUAACGGCGGGAGCUGACAGUCGUGAAGUCCAGACGAUGCUUGCACAUUUCCGAGCCUGCGGUAGUCGUCUCCACCCGGUCAACGAUGUAUCUGUGCAAAAGAAGCAAUCGUCAGCUCCGACGCAAAACGAGUCGAUGGACCAGCAGAUUGUGUGGCCGGAUUGUCUUGAUCCUGCAAGUCACCAAAGAUUAUCGGUGCUAUUUUGUAGUUUUCUUCAUAACAACAAUACAAAUAAUGCACCCGCCUUCUGUGUAAACCCGUGGGUGGUAAACAUGGACCUGUAUGGUAGGAAUGACAUAGCACUCGGCCGCUUUCUGGAACGCUACUGUCUAACCACCGAGUACAAGUGUCCAGCUCAAAGUUGUAGAGCUCAGAUAUCUCAGCACGUGAGGAGAUUCGUACAUGACGGUGGAUGCGUCCACAUAAGCUUGUGCGAAAUGAGCGCCGACCCGUUUACUAAUCCAGGUCAAGAAAGUUCAAAGCAGAUAUUCAUGUGGAGCAAGUGUACUAAGUGCAAGAGUGUCUCGCCGGUCGUUCCAAUUUCUGACGACACUUGGUCCCUAUCCUUUGCCAAGUACCUAGAGCUUCGCUUUCAUGGCAACGUCUACACUCGCCGAGGAGCGGAGAAUUGUCAACAUUCCCUUCACCAUGACCACCAGCAGUAUUUUUCUAAGCGCAAUAUGUUAACGAUUAUGCGCUACAGUAAGAUUUCGCAGUGGGAGAUUUCACUACCGCCACCACUUAUCGAUGUCAUCUACGACUCGCGAAUACACGCGAGUGUUAUCGAAGAAAUAAAGUCUUUGGCGCUCAAAGGUGACGAGGUAUUUUGUAAUGUCAAGGACAAGAUCAGUGGGUUGCAAUUGGAUGAAGCGAUGCUUGCUAAUAUGAAAAUUCAGUUGGGGAAAGAUCAGUUAUACUUUAAGAAUAAGAUCGAGGAGUUGCAGUUAAAGCUUACUUCGCCUACUUUGGAAAACAAAAAGUCACAAGGCAAGAAUUCGGAAAAACAAGUACAGAGUUUGAUGUAUCGCAUCGAAGAUGGCAUCGUGAUAGUUAAACGUCUGAUCUCCGAUGCAGUCUUGAAUUGGAAUGCUAAAAUUGCAGAGGCGACUGCGUCGGCCAAACGUCAACAAUAUGAACGCCAAACAAAUAAGAGAACUACAGUUGAGCGCAGUAGUAUCACGGCAACUAACAGUGUUAGCGGUAGUAGUGGUACAGGGGCUGUCGAAAGCAACGAUGGAUACAUAACAGAGGACACAGCAUCAGAAUCACAACUGGAGGACCUUAGUCCAAUGUCGGCGGACUACAAUGCUGUUGAUGCUAUCACUGCGAUACAGGCAAACUUGAUGUCUUUUGACCCGGUUGAAAGCUCGGAUGGAGAACUACCUGAUCCUCCCACUGUGAUUACGAAUCCUGAAGAAAUCGUCGUCAUUCAAGGUUCUCCUAAAACACAUCAAAGAUCCUUUUCCGACACAAUACCUCCUACUGCGGAAGACGCGCCAGACAAGAAGAAGAAAAAGAAAACAAUACUAUCGCAGCUCUUACCGUCGACAUCCACAACCAAUACAAUACCAAAUCCUCUGGGACCCCUCGAACAUCAUUUACUACCUCUUGGGUCAGUAGUGCCGAUCGUCGUAUACGAAUCGGAGCCCUCAUCGAUCAUAGCUUACGCUCUGGAUUCGCACGACUAUAAGCACGCGCUGCAGGAGCAGCUGCGAGGUACCAAGGGCCCGGAAUUAAAUCCAAGUCCGCUCUAUAGAAGGAAAUUGCCAGAGAACAAGGAGAACGUUUCGGAGAUAAAUCAAUCUGGUGAAUCCAAGAGGCCGUCAGUCCUGUCGUUCCUACGAGGCAAUAGUCCGAAUCCAAAUGCACUGGGUAGUCCAAUGGAAACCGAUAAAGUCGUUCCGUCAAUCGAGACGACAGGUGCUCCUCCAGCUCCGAAUCCUGAGACUGACGAGGAAAAGAAGGCCGCCAAACAACAGCAACAUAAUUACAUUGAAGUGCAAUUCGCUGACUCGACGACUAAUUUCUAUUGCAGGAUUUACUUUGCAGCACAGUUUGCUGCUCUGAGGAAUAACGUGUUAACGUACGGUGAAGAAGGAUACACCAGGAGUCUGAGUAGGAGUGUACUGUGGGCUGCGAGAGGUGGGAAGAGCGGAAGUUCUUUCUGCAAAACAAAAGACGAUAGAUUUGUUCUGAAAGAAAUGACUAGGAUGGACAUGCAGAUAUUCUUGGACUUUGCUCCUAAUUACUUUGCGUACAUGGAAAAGUGUCAGCAAACCAAGCAGCCCACACUCUUGGGAAAAAUUGUUGGCAUCUAUCGGGUGUCGUUUAAAAAUAAUACGACUAACGCUGCGCUGAGAACAAGCGUACUUGUGAUGGAAAAUUUGUUCUAUAACAGAAGCAUCACCGACAAAUUCGACCUAAAAGGCUCGGUCAGGAAUAGACUAGUCAACCCGGAAGAUGUCGAUCACGAAGGGGAAUUAGUUUUGUUAGAUGAGAAUUUAUUAAAUAUGAGCUGCGACUCCCCAUUGUAUAUUAGACCACAUGCCAAAGCUGUUUUGAACAAGGCUAUCGAGGAAGACACUAAAUUCUUGGCAGACAACUGUGUAAUGGACUAUUCACUGCUUGUGGGCCUUGAGCCGACUUCGGACGAACUUGUAUUAGGCAUAAUUGAUUAUUUGCGGACAUUUACUUGGGAUAAGAAGAUAGAGACGAUGGUGAAGAAAUCUGGAAUCCUUGGCGGUCAAGGCAAAUUGCCGACGAUUGUCUCACCGGGGGAGUACCGCGCACGCUUUAUCGCCGCGAUGCACAAAUAUUUCUUACCGGUGCCAGACAGAUGGACUGGUCUUAAUCGUGGUGUCACGUCCACAUAAAUUUUCGGACGAACAACUUGCGCCACUGAGAAUCAGAAGCAGUACUUCAGGUAUAAUAUUCAUACUGAAAAGUUUUUUUCAACGAACAGUUAGAGUUGAGUUUCGGUUGUGAAGUUAUGGUCAAUACUGAUGCUGAUUCUCAGACAUACUUCUUCCAAAACUUACUGAUUUCACGCCUCAGAUCUGUGGUUUUAACAGAUUAUUUCAUUGUUGUUUUGCUUGUUAUUUUAUUAACUUCUAUUAUUUAUUUAUUAAUACUUUGUGCAAUACUCUUGUCUUGAUUACAUCUCAACUUAAAAUAACUUAUGUAAUUGUAAUGAACUUUUAUAUACGAAUAUUUACUUGUUGCAAUAAUUACGCAAAAGGUCUUUUUAUUAAUACAAAAAUUUACCAUAUUUAAUACCGCGUGUAUUAAAGAUUUUAACAAACUAGUAAACUAUCGUAGGAAUAUUUAUUUAGUUAUAAACAUUUUUGUGUCAAUAUUGUCUGUUGUACGAUGCAUUAGAAAUUAUCAAAAUCACAGAUCUGUUGCCAAACGUAUUAUGCAAUAGACUUUCGAGAAGAAGAUGCUUGUGUUAAAUCGAAUGUGAUAAUGUUUGUAAUGAUUUUUAAUCGAAAAUUUUGUUUCGUUUACAUAUAGUCGAUUGCUGCUUAUGUAUUAUUAAACAUGUUAAAUAUGCAAGGGCAAAUGUAAAUAUAUAUUUGUACAAUAAAAAUUUAUACUUCCCAUUCGACAUAAUUAUUUUUUAAAAAAUGCAUGGAUUAGCAAUAGCUUAUGUAUAGUUGCAAGGACAGGAUAAGGGACGAGCAAACGAAUCAUCUAUUAAAGCACCAUUAUUAAUGAUUUAUUCAGAUAAUUUUUUCUCUCUUAAUUAUGUACAAUGAACAUUAUUCUAUAAUUAAUAAUCAAAGAAACAAUAAUAAUUAUAACAUAAUAAUAGCCUAGACGUCAUAGACGUGAAGGGGGCAUAUUCGCUCAAGAAACGUUAAAGCAUGUACCUCGAGGGGGAAAAACACUUGAUUCUCAUCAUCUCAUCGCUAUAAUCCUUACAUUUUUUUCAUUAUUAUCAUAAUCGUCGCCGCGAGAUAAUAUUUACAUGAAACAGCUUCGAUCCUAUUGCGGUGAUGUUCCGCACUCUUUU